CACUACAGAAUUCCAGUGAGCUUUAGAAUUGCAUUACCAGAAGAUUUAAUACCUGAACUUCCCAAAGACACACAGAGAUUCCAGGAAAACAAGUCUACCAUGAUAGUGCAAAAGCUAAGCGGGAUCACAGUCACUUUGCUGCUGUUGCUGUGUCAACAUGCAUGUGCAAAUUAUAAAGCAAAACAUUUACUGGUCUGUGAAGGAACAUCUGUGUACCUCAAUUGUGACUUGGGAUUCAUACAUGUCCUGGAUGCUAACUAUGGACGGACUGAUCCAAAUAAAUGCUCAGAAGGAAAAACAUCUAAUGAGCUCUCAAAUGUUCACUGCUUCCAAGAAACAUCCCUCCGUACGAUGACAGUUAGGUGUAAUGGAAGAAAAAGCUGUACUCUUUCUGCAGUGAACUCAGUUUUCUCUGAUCCUUGUUCUUGGACUUAUAAAUACCUGAAUUUGUCUUAUGAGUGUCGCCCACUGAAACAAAUCAUAAUUUGUGAAGACUCCCGAAGUGUCAUUACCUGUGACAAUAGUGAUGUUAUUUCUAUUCAUCACGCCAAUUAUGGACGGCGGGAUUUUGUAACCUGCCCUUAUAGAAGAGCUAUGUCAGAGUGUUACUUUACUCAGACCACCAGUAUGCGUUCCAGGUGCAAUGAAAAGAAGUCUUGUGAUUUAGAUGCUUCAAAUUGGGUGUUCUCUGAUCCGUGUUACCGCGUUCAUAAGUACCUGGAAGUGACAUACUCCUGCGUAUAAGUUUUAUCACAGAGCAUGAGCUGCAUCAAUGAGUGAGGAAACAGCCUGGAAGAGCAGAAGCAGUAAUGUAAACAGCACAGCCUUUUCUUUAGCACUGCCAUUUAUGUUACUCUUUUCUUUAAAUCUGCUUUAAAACUGUUUAUUGUAAAAAGCUUUAUACAAAUAUAUUGCAUUUGAAAUGUUUCCCCUCCUUCACACACACACUGAUGUCUUUGAGCAAUCAAAUGUCAUGGUGAAGGAUCUGAGCAUCCUCAAAUACAAACUCUGUUUUGCUUUAAGAGACCAACCAUAUAUUUGUAUUGUAUUUUACUUUCUUCUUUCUUUGUUCAUUUAUAUUCAUUUAUCAUUUAAUUAUUUUAUUAUUCCAUUUUAAUCAUAUAAUCAUUUAUAAUAAUCAUUAUAGUCAUUUCUCUCUCUCUCUCUCUCUCUCUCUCUCUCUCUAUAUAUAUAUAUAUAUAUAUAUUUUUUUUUUUUAAUUUUCCAUUGUUGUUUAGUCUUAUGACUGUGUGGUUUCAAGGGCUGUUUGUUUUCAUAAAUAAGAUACGAGGGAAUGUUUAUGGAAACUCAAGGUUUAUGGGAUGUUAUUGUGAAUCAGUUUGGUUUAACACUACUUGGAUUUGUGUUUUUCAGACAUUGAGACAUGCGCAACUAAGACUAUUCAAUAAACUCUACUCAUUUUUAUCAUCA